CACGCAUCGAGUCGCUGACUAUUUAAAGCGUGAGGUAAAAGAAUCGAUAUCCAGUGCAUCCUGACAACACUGAACAGCUUCAAAAUGGCCGUUUAUGCUGUUACCGUAGUGCUCCUAUUUUCAUUCGUAACAGUCCUCUCAGGGCUGCCACAUAUUAUUUCAGAGCCAUUAACCACCACUGAACACCAUCUAGCGGUGGAGAACGACAAGAAGGAAAAAGAAUACCUACUCAUCGGGAAGUUGAAGGACGAAGAUUACGAGGUCGACGAGAUCAAUCAUAACGACAAGACGAAAAUGCUCAAGUUGAAAUCGAAUAAAAAAGAGGCGCAGAAUAUGAUGGAAGCGUCUCUGAAUACGAACAGUACGCAGAAUGGAACCCAAAACCCGGUAGAUAGAAUUGAGCUGUCAGCGGCGGCGGCGGCGGUGGCGGGGACGGAGGCGGCGGGGAUGGCGGCGGCGGCGGAUGGGCGGCGGACGGCGGCGGCGGUGGCGGCGGGGAUGGAGCUGGCGGCGGCGGGGAUGGCGGGGCCGACGGCGAUCACGUCAACGACGACGACGUGA